AUGGGCUCACUCGAUCAUCACCUCCUAAACGCCGACUCCCCUGAUAUCGCCCUCGUAGUGGCCACCCCGGCUGAGAGAAUCGAGAGUAUAAGGGCAAACGGGCUUUCGUGGAAAGGUCCCUUGACGAUGGAUGAGUAUAUUGCUCGUGAAGACUUUUUGAUACAGCAGGACAUGGUCAAGGAUGGCUGGAUGACAUGUUGGGUCCUGGUUGACCGCACCCUGCCGCCAGACGAGCGUCCUAUUUUGAGCAGCUGCGAGUCGAUCGCCAAACGUGCGUUCCUUGCAUAUAACGGGAAUAUCGAGACGGUCAUCACCCAUGGAAUCGGGAGCGUGUACUGCCGGCCAGAGCACCGGGGACGCGGGUACGCUAAGCGGAUGAUCAUAGAGCUGUCCAAGAUACUAGACACAUGGCAGCAGGAAAAGGGGCAGCCAUGUCUCUUCUCUGUCUUGUACUCGGAUAUCGGCAAGUCCUUCUAUGCCGCACACGGAUGGCACCCGUACCCUUCGUCCCAUUUUACGCUUGCACCGGAGGCUGUCCAUUCGGGAGUCAACGGAACUGCAAAUGGCAGUGUAAACGGCAGAACCAAGGGAGUCGACAUGAGUAUUGUCAAGGAUAUGUCCCGGGAGGACGUCCUCAGAUACAUGUGCUCCGAGCCAGUGAUGGAGCAACACAAACAGAAGCUAAAAGAGGCGUCCAAGGGAUCCAAGGCGGUCGUGGCCUUCCCACCAGACUUUGCCCACAUGUCCUGGCACUGGGCCCGUGAUGAGUUCUAUUCCCGGAUCCUCCGUCCAGAGAAAGGGGAGAUUCUAGUCAAAGGUGCAGCAGUUCCGAGCCGCAAUGUGUUCAUGACCUGGAACCGAAAGUACGGAGCCACGCAAAAGGAUAGCACGCUGUACAUCCUUCGAACUCAGUAUGAGGAGCCAACGUCCGCGGCAGAGAGACAAGCCACUGUCGAAGCUCUGGCUGCCGUCUUGCAGCGUGCCCGUGCGGAAGCUCAGGAAUGGAACGUUGACCACGUCGAGAUCUGGAACCCGUCUGCGCUGGUCAAGGAAGCCAUCCUGACGGCUGAUUCGAAGGCAGUCGAAGUCCACAGGGAGAAGGACAGCAUCCCGUGCCUAAAAUGGGAUGGCAGCAAGUAUGAGUAUGGAGAUAACGUCGACUGGAUGUGGAAUGAAAGAUAUGGCUGGUGUUGA